CUUAUCUGGCCAGCGCAGAUUGACACGCAGUCAGAAAACGCAACCAAACACGUACGGCGACGGGUUUCUUCGGGUGGCGUUGGGUUAAACAAAUUUCCGCCUUUCUAAUUUUGCUGCCGUGUCCGUGUCCGCCGGGGAAUAGCACAGGUCCUCGUCGUUCGAGUGGCCAAAUACACACACGAAAGAAGGUUGACUUAGUUUUGCGGUGAGUGAUGGCCGAAGUGGUGGAGGAUGUCAUCCAGCAGGUGCAGGAGAACCUGACAGAAGCCGCCAACGCGGCAACUAUCAAUGGAACCAUCCCCAAGACUCCGUCCACCCCGGAGGGGAUGGCGCUGGCGUACGGAACGCUGGUCGUGAUGGCCAUGCUGCCCAUCUUUUUCGGCUCGAUACGAUCCGUGAAGCACCACAGGGAACAGACGACCGCAUUUGAGAAGACCGGCGAGAAACCGGACACGAUGACGUCCAAGGAUGCGAUGAUGUUCCCGAUUAUGGCUUCCUGUGCGCUGUUCGGGCUGUACAUGUUCUUCAAGAUCUUCUCCAAGGACAACAUCAACUUCCUGCUGACGGGAUACUUUUUCUUCCUCGGCGUGAUGGCCCUCGCCCAUCUGCUCUCGCCGGUCAUUAGUUCGCUGAUUCCGGCGUCGAUCCCGAAAAUUCCGUACCAUCUCUCUUUCAUACAAGGCCCGACCGAGGGUUCCAAGGACGAAACGGAAUCUUACCUGAUCGAUUACAAGUUCACCACGCACGACAUCGUCUGCUUUAUCAUUUCUCUGGUCAUUGGCGUGUGGUAUCUGCUGCAGAAGCAUUGGAUCGCCAACAACCUGCUCGGGUUGGCCUUCGCCGUGAACGGAGUCGAGUUGCUGCACCUGAACAACAUCGUCACCGGGUGCAUCCUGCUCGGAGGUCUCUUCUUCUACGACAUCUUCUGGGUGUUUGGUACCAACGUGAUGGUGACCGUGGCGCGCUCCUUCGAGGCCCCCAUCAAGCUGGUCUUCCCCCAGGACAUCAUCACGAACGGCCUGUCGGCGUCCAACUUUGCCGUGCUCGGCCUCGGCGACAUCGUCAUCCCCGGAAUCUUUAUCGCACUGCUGCUCCGCUUUGACAACAGCCUCAAGCGCAAGAGCAACUUUUACUUCUACGCCACGUUCACCGCGUACUUCUUCGGACUGCUGGCCACCAUCUUCGUGAUGCACGUGUUCAAGCAUGCCCAGCCGGCGCUGCUCUAUCUCGUUCCGGCCUGUCUGGGAACUCCGCUGCUGCUGGCGCUGCUCAAGGGCGACAUCAAGAAGCUGUUUGCUUACGAGGACCACCCCGAGGACAAGACCAAGGAUGCCAAAAAAUCGGAAAAGUCUUCCGGCGAUGAGUCCAGCACCAGCGCCGCCGCCUCCACCAAGACGAAAAAGGAAACCAAGAAGAAGGACUCUAAAAAAGUAAAAUAGACGGCGGCGGGAGGCUUGCAAUUUUGUGCAAAACAAAACAACCAGACAAAUUCAAACAAAUUGAGAAAGCAAAAAGAAAAGAGACCCUUUGAUUAACUGAUAACUGAGUGUUUGCGUGUGAAAAGUGCUAACUGGAACUUUUGCAACAGAAAGAACGUUUUACAAAACAAAACAAAACAAAAAACCAUUCUGCAUGCUUGAAGAGGAGCUUGUUUUAAUCUGAUCAGGUCUUUAGAAUAUUCAUUUAGUGACGAAAGGCUCGCUUGUUUAAAACAUACACACACACACACAAUCGCACAUCCGCAUUUACGACAGUAGAGCUACGUUUAGUUGAAUCCAAUAGUUGCAGUAUUCCUAUCCACCCCACACUGAUCGAUUUUUGCUCUUCUUUUUCCAGACCAAGAAACAGAAAACAGCCUAAUUUCAUUGCCAAGCAAUGAUCCAACAUCUUCCACAGCCUCUGAGACGAUGCGAGCACAAAUUAAUCGAUGGUUUUUUUUCUAAUUUUUAAUGGUCUGAGCAUAUUUUGAAGUUUGUUUUUGUGUUAGAGAAAAAAAAACGGUGAUCGUCUUCAGACAGUGUGAUUCCUUUUGUAUCAAUUUUAUAACGGCAAAACAAAUAGAAAACUUAAAUGUACAUCUUCUGCUCAGUUUCUGAUAAGAUAAAAGUUACUACAAAAACUUAUCCAACAUAACGAAAACCCAACUUAGUGUAAUUCAUUGCUUACGUUUUGUACGCGUUUGUUCGACUGAAUUUGUACCGCAAAACUGCGCAAACGGCUUCGUGUGUUGUGUUGUGUGUCGAUUUAAAGUGAGUUUAAAUUUAAAGGAACCAGAGGACACACACACACACACACAUGGAGCUUAUCUUCAACUUAGCUGGGCGUUAUAUAGAGAAAAAUUAGGGAGGGAACGAAAGGCAGUAAAGCAAAAUAUUAUGUGUAGCUAAAUUUGAAAAGCAAAAAAUAAA